AUGAAAGAGUCAGUUAUGGAAAAUAAAUCACAAGAUGAGCCUGAAAAAGAAUAGUAAAAGGUCGAAUUAGAAAACAAUAGAGCAAGUAAAUUAUCUUUUCUGGAAUCAUAAGAUCUAAAUACCUUUUAAAUUCUUGCUCAAUCCUAAAAAGUAACUCCAACUGCUGAGAAAAGAUAAAAGAGGGUAAUGAAGCUAAGUAGACUAAUACACCAGUUCAAAUCUAACACCAAUGCAAAUAGCACACCAACUGAGAUUAUGUCUAACAGGUAAAAAAUAAGCCAUAAAACUAGUAGAAGCUUUUUGCCAGCAAUUAGUCAUCAACAUAAAAAGGACAAUUAUGAAUGCUACUUUCAUUAAGAUUUACCAAUCAAACGGAUAAGAAAAAGCCCGAAAAAGAUGAUGAUUGAAAGUAGUGCGCCAAACAGAGUCCAUAAUCAAUCAAUAGUUGAAUAAUUUAGGGACAUGAUUAGCCCUAAAGCAAGAAAUCUCAGUGAUUUAAAGCACCACAUUAUUAUCAAGAGGAAAAAAGUACUUUAGCUAAAUACAAAUCAGUCUAGUGACACUUUGUACAAAAGCACAUUUUUCUUUAGUAAUAACAAAAGUCCAUACAGAGAGAAUUUAGUACUUAAUUAGGAUGAGAAUUUUAACUAAUUGAAAUCUUCUAGAUUAUUAUCAAGAAAAAAUCGGAAGCUAACCUCAGGGUUAUCUAUGCAAUAAAGUGGAUAGUAAGAAGAUAGAUAGCCUUCAUUAAUGGAAUCAUAAAACGGAAUAUAUCUUAAAAAUCUUGUCAAAACUCAGAAGUUUUUGAGUCAACAAAGAAUUCAGAUUCCUAUUAAUCCUAAAGAAAUUCAAUAUAAAUAGUGA